AUUCUGACCUCCCAGAACUUGCCGGAGAAUCAGUUCAGCCUCCACCAACCUAUACCGACGCUACCGAAACCCAGCACCCAAACACGACCCGAGUCAUUCGGCAACCAGUCGCACGUUCACCAAGCACCCUUUCAUCACUCUGCCACAUUUACGUCUUCUACACAAUUGUCCAAUCCAACGACAAAUCCGACACGGCCGCAAAACGCAUCACACUAACCUCAUCUUCUACAUUUGAAGACUUCCAACUCCAGCUUCGACAGCUAUACCUCGAACUUCCUGGCACGAAUCGUGACAAAGCUUUCACGUGGUCAACAUGGUACUAUCCGGGCAAUGAUAGAAACAUCGAAUCUGCAGAGAGGAUUUUGGUUUGUGAAGAGAAUUGGAAGGAGCUCAAGAAACCGAUUCUGAAGAUGAGGUCUGAGAAAAUGCCCUCGGGAAAGGGUUGGGAGUCGGGAUUGAGGUUGAGGACGACUGUAGUGGUAGCGAGGUGGGCGGAGAGGCAGAGGGUGAAGGAUGUUACGCAACUGAGAGUGCCGACUGCGAAGCAUAAUGCUAAUGAUAGCGUGUUGCUAGCGCAGGGGAGGUAUGUUGCUGAGCCAGUGGUUGACGAGAAAGGGUGUGUGGUGAUGUGACGUCUUGCUACAGGGGAUAACACGUCUGCUGUGGAUAGAUGCUAAAGCAGGCUGCUGCAAGACAGUCUUGUGUGUUCCACUAUAAUACAGCAUGCAGAGAAGCACUUCAUAGACGUGGCAAAUACGACCGUGGCGCCGUUUU